GUGAUUAGAGAAUUUUAAUUUCCGUUUCUCUACCAAAGCAAUUGUUGUUGGGAUUGUGGAUGUUCGUGCUAAAGCUGCGUUUCUGUUGGAAUCACAUUCGGGUUAUUGUUCAUUAAGGCUUGGCUUGAAUGUUGCCGGUUGUUGAAUUUUAACUUUUUGCCCAAAAUAUGGAGACUAAACUGACCAUAAAAGAGUUGAAAAACCGAACAGAUGAAAACGAAAUGGAUCUAAGCAUGCUUGGUAUAACUAAAGUUCCAGUCAAAGAAAUUGCAGCUGUUACUAAAGCCAAUUCCUGGAUUUGUCGUGUAAUCGCAUUGUCUUGCUACCUGCUGGGUUUUGUGGAAUGUUGCAACAUCUAAUCAAACUUGAUCUGAGCAAAAAUCAGCUUGAAAAUUUACCGGAGGAUAUCGGAAAGUUGCAACAACUUCAACAUCUUGACCUUUAUCAGAAUAAACUAAAGAAGAUUCCAAUUAGUUUUAGUCAGUUGAAGAACCUGAGGUGGCUUGACUUAAAAGAAAAUAACUUUGAUUCAAGUUAUUUGAAUAUUGUUGGUGAUUGUUUGGAUGACAAGCAAUGUCGUACUUGUGCCGUGAAUGUUGUUAAAGCAAUGAAAAGUGCGGCUUCUGAACAGGAAAGAAAAAGACAACAAGAACUGAAAAUUAGAAGAGAGGAAGAAGCAGCCAAGAAAAAAGAGGAAGAAAUGAUUGCACUUGAGAAAAAACGAACAAAGAAAUUGGAGAAGGAAAGAAGAAAAAUACAGUGGGAAGAGGAACAGAAGCUAAAAGAACUUGCAGCUCCUCUGGAGGAAGUUGAUAAUACUAGGAAUGUAUCUGUGGAGAGUGAGGUGUUUGAAACUAUUGAAGAAACUAAGUCUUCUAAAAGUUGCUUUGGAAGCUGCAUCAUGGCUUUGUUCAUUGCAGUAACUGCUGUCACUGUUGGGGUUUAUUUUUAUUGUGAAAAUCAUUCUUCAGAUCAGAACUGUAUUGUGCUGAAUCAAACUACUGAAAAAAUUUACGAUGUUUUGAAAACCUGGCUUAAAUCUACUUUGGAAAUGUUUAAUUUAUUUGUUGACUCUUUAAAAGACAAAGUUUAGCAUGUAACAAAUUAAAAAUGAUUUUAUCUGCAGCUGCUUACAGCUUUAUUUGUGCAAUGGGGUUUUGAUGACGUUUAGUUUUGUUAAAUUUCAUUGAUUCUUUAUUAAAAUAUCAACCAAAUGGGUGAUGCUGUGUUUGUUUUUAACUUUUGUUGCCAAAACAUAAAGUGGAUUUUAAGUAAUAAACAGUUUUAUGUAAUUGUAGGUGAUAAGUGUAGCAUAAUAAUUCCUUUUAAUUUGUGAUUAAUAAAAAUAAUGAAUUUACGAAGUCGUAUGAAAAAAGAAAAAUCCAAGAAACAGAGGGGUUCGUGGAAAAAAAAUGUUGAAAAUUUGAAUGAAUCGAAUGAAGAAAGUUUAAGUUCAGAAGAUGAGAAAGAAAACGUGGAACUUCCAGUUGAACAAGAAUCUUCAAAUCAUUGUGUUUUCUUAUUUCUUCUCAUCACUUUAUUUGUGUUUCUCCUGGUUAUAAGUUGGGUUUAUAUUUGUUGUGAGGAUUACACAAGAUACCCGGACUGCUCAAAAGUAAACCCUGUUUGCGUGGAACACCAAAACCAACCACAUAAGAUAUUGUUACAUGGACUUAAUCAGUUUCGCAAGAUUUUCUAUGACAGAUAUGGACGCCGUAUUGAAUCGUUGUUUAAUUUUUAAUGUUAUUAAAUUUUAUGAUGAAAUAUUGCAA